UCCCGGUUCGUCCAGCAGGGGGCUUUAGUCAACGUCAGCUGCCGCAAACGCCGCAGAAGAAGAAGGACCGUGCGCAUGCGCAGUGUGCACUCGUGGCUCAGCAGAAGAUGGCGGCACCCGUGGACCUGGAGCUGAAGAAGGCGUUCUCGGAGCUGCAGGUGAAGAUGAUUGACACGCAGCAGAAGGCCAAGAUGGCCGACCUGCAGAUCGAUCAGCUGACCCGCCUCCACAAACACGCCAAGCUGACGCACGCCGAGAUCGCGUCGCUGCCUGACAACACGCGACUCUACGAGGGCGUGGGACGCAUGUUCAUCCUGCAGUCGAAGGAGGAGAUCAACAACCAGCUGACGGACAAACAGAAAACAGCUGACGAGAAGAUCAAAGAGCUGGAGCAGAAGAAGUUGUACCUUGAACGCAGCGUCAAAGAUGCAGAGGACAACAUCAGAGAGAUGCUUCUGUCCAGGAGAGCUCACUGAUCGAUAAUCAAUAACAUGUUCCUAAUAAAAGUUCCCAACCUGCAA